AUGUCACAAACCCAAACCCGCAGCAGCAGCAGCCAUCUGCGUAUCCACCCCACACCAUUCAAACCGACCUUCCUCUCCAUCCCACCAUCUCCAUUCUCCCCACUCCUACCCAUCACACCAGGCACGCCACCAAAACGCAUCCCCACCGCCCAACCCUCACCCCAACCCCAACCCUCCACAUCCGCCCCCGACUCCCCUCUCUCAUGGAUGUGGCAAUGCCACCAAUGCCAUCGCAACUACCACCUCGGCGCCACGCGCCGCUGCCUCGACGACGGCCACAACUUCUGCUCGGGCACCACCACCAUCAAAGCCUGGCGCAAGCCCAUCUCACGGCGCGCCAAGCGGCACCGCGCCUGCCCCAGCGAAUUCGACUACGCGGGGUGGAAAGCGAUGGGCCGCUGGCGUCGGGGCUCCGGCAUCACCAAGAAGAGGAAUUGCUGGGCCAGCUGCGAUUAUCCGAGUGAGUGUCGGUGGGGGAGAAAGUUUGGCGUGCACACACCGCUCUCGCCCAAGUUCCCCGUGCUCGAGAGAGUGGUGGAGGAAGCGGAGGGGGUGUUGAAGCCGGAGAAUUGUAAGGAGCUGGGGGGCGAGAAGGCGGAUUUUUGGGGGGCGCUGGUAGCGAGUGCGAAGAGGAGGAAGAGUGUCACGGGGGGUUCGCCGUUGGUGGAGGAGGUGAAGACCGAGGUGAAGGACGGUGAUGGGGAUGUCGAUAUGGAUACUGCGGUUGAGAGUUCGAGUGCUGGGUCUGACGCGAUUGAUAUGCUCAAGGAUUUGAUGAAGCGGGGUACUUCGAGGCGUGCAAGGGGAAAUCGACCGGCUUUCUCGUCUGAGAGUAGUAGCUACUCUGUGCCCAUACUCACAGUGCCGAAGACCAAGGCCAUGAGGACUGAAGAGGAUAUCAACUCUGGUGACCUUGGAGUAUUAUUAGAUGAAGACUUCGCACCACUAGAGAGGGUUGAGAGUCAGAGAUAG